GUAACAGUUACAUUAUAUACUCUUUGGUAACAGUCCUUAUUCUGUUUCUUAUUGUGUUGGUGUCAAUUGAUUAAUUUUAGUGAAUAAUUUGAAGUAGAUAGUGAAUAAGGUGUAUCUCCAUAAUAAGGCUCUCUGGUCAAAUCGAAUAGAAAUGAAACGACGCGUAACAUAUUUUUUGGAAAUUUAACUCGAAAAAAGGAUCCAAUAAUGAUUUGUGUGUUGAGGGAACACGUCAAUGUUGUGAAUUAGUUUAAUAAAUAUUAGAUACUAAGUUACAAUUACUCGUAGUGAAUUUGCAUUUGAAAACAUUCGCAGACGAUGUCAAUAUCGAAAUAAAACAAGUCUUAUGUCGCGGAACUCCUGAAUUUGUUUUUAUAAAUCUCACUAUGGGCUUGCUCAUUUCGAAAAUAUGGAGUUUAUUCGGAAACGAAGAACACAAGUUAGUGCUUGUGGGUUUAGACAAUGCAGGGAAAACAACAAUACUCUACCAGCUGCUCCUGGGUGAAGCGGUUCACACGAGGCCUACUAUUGGCUCUAAUGUAGAGGAAGUGGUGUGGAGGAACCUGCGUUUUGUGAUGUGGGAUCUUGGAGGGCAGCAGAGUCUACGAUCUGCUUGGACCACAUACUACACCAAUAGUGAAUUUGUGAUAAUGGUAAUCGACUCAACGGACCGUCAGAGGUUGAGCAUUAGUCGUGAGGAGCUACAUCGGAUGCUGUUACACGAGGAACUCAGCAAGGCAUGUCUGCUAGUCUUUGCCAAUAAGCAGGAUGUGAAGGGGUCGAUGACUGCGGCAGAGAUAUCAGAACAACUAGACCUGACAUCCAUCAAGCAACACCCCUGGCACAUCCAGGCGUGUUGCGCGCUCACCGGCGAGGGGCUACACCUAGGCCUCGAGUGGAUCGCGAGCCGGAUAAAGAAGAAAUGACGAUGAAGGCGACUGCUUACUAAAUGUUACUUUUUUUUUCGAUAAAGAAGUAAUUUUUUUUUAAAACAAAUGAAUUGAAAUCCUAUUAUUCCCGUUUUGGUUUUGAUUUAAAAUAAAUAAAAUAUUUCGCAUGGCAUAAAUAUUGUAAUAAAAACAACCUCUUGUA